GUCAGACAAGAUGGACAUCCCCUCGGUAUCAGUUUGAAACACAAUUGAUACACCCAACAAUAAUCAUCUGUUGAACAGAACACCACAAAUGCUGUAGAUGCCUCUCAGAUAAUGGAUGAAGGUACAGACUUCGUCAGCUGUGUGCUGCUCCUGACCCUGAACUGGCGCACAUCCACGGGAGUCCCGGUGCCCACUCUGAGCGCAGAGAAUUGCGCACAAUGCUCAAUGCUCUUCAAGAGCCUCUUGCUAAACAUAACAGAGCUUCUCAACAGUGAUGUUUUGUGUUUUGGCAUCACAUCUGAUACAGUGGUGCUGAAGAGUAAAGCGGAUACAGCACUGGCCUGCGCACCCACGCUGAGACAGAAUUCAGGUUGCGCAAUGCAAAGAACCUCUUCCUUCAGUGAGAGUGAAUGUCUAAGUAACAUCAUGAAGGACUUGGCCUACUAUGAUUCUGUUAUCAAGUCCUACCUCAAGUCCCCACUCAGAGAUGCUGAGCAAGAAACUGCACUUCUGCAACCAACCCUGGGAAUUGUACAGAGCCUGAGGAAGAACUGCUCCCCAAUGCCGAAUGGAGGGAGUGACUCUUCAGAGGAGGUCACUGCCCCGCAGUGGGAAAGCAACACUUUCAGCAACAGGCAGGAGAUGUGUAAGAUGAUGAGAGGCUUCCAUAUCCGAACCAUCACCAUCAACAGAGCUAUGGGCUACAUCUCCUCAGGAGACCACAGGAAGUAAACAUCAUCAUCAUCAUCAUCAUCAUCAUCAUCAUCAAAAUCACUCUACAAUCCUCUUCUAUGUGACCACUAAACAAGCCCUCCUGAUCAUUCACUACCAUCAUUUACAACUACCGACCAAGUAGCGUUGUAUGCUGCAUGUCUUCUCUGUAUGAUUAGUGCUCAGGCAUAAGCUAGCUGUCUAGUCUCAGUUAGAGCUGAAUGACAGUCCAACUAUUGCUAAGGUUAGCAGUCGAGGCCAUGUUGGCCAAUUCACAUGAAUGUAUUCCAAUAUUUGGGGAGAAUGUAUGUA